AAAGGGCAGAGUGGUUGGUGAGUUUAGACAUGUUCCAAGAUGCGAUGGCUGUUGCCUUAAUGAAUACCACGACGAAAGUCUACAAUGACAUUUGCGGAAAGGUAUUGCGGCAUCGACCUAACUUCCCUAUCAGUGAGCUAGCAUGUUUUGAAAGGGAAGACAUGGACGAGCAAGGCAAAAGUCUCGUCUCUCCUGUUGAUACAAUGAUGCGAUUGAAAUGGGAACUAAAUGAGGAUGGAGUGCUCAUAUGGCCUUCAUUCGUUUUGGAAGAAAGGGGGGACUUGGAGGGGUUGCUGAGAUUCGAUUCAUGGGUGGCUGGGGUACUCGAGGCAAAAGCUAAACCCUUCAGUAGUCCUCCAACUUCUCAACCAGUCACUACUCUUGCUCGCUCUUCUCCAGCUAGUGAUGAUGCAUCCGUCCAUGUACAUUUGAUGGAUGAUUAGGUUGUUAGGCUUUUUAUUUUGCUUUUGUAUUUUUUUUGUUUGGUCAGUUAACCUUUUUGGAUAAUUUCUAUGUCAUCUUUUGUAUUGAAAAGUAUGCUUUAAGAGAAAUACAAGUGGGGGGAUAUUUUUUUGGAAGAUUUGUGUAUUCUUUGUACUUCGAUCAUACAUUUUACAUCUUCUCAUCAUGCUAAGUAAUAAUACAAAUUAAUUGUA